CGGCGGCGGCGCGGGCGCGGCCAUGGCGCACAUCACCAUCAACCAGUACCUGCAGCAGGUCUGUGAAGCAAUUGACACCAGAGAUGGGGCGUCCCUUGCAGAGCUGGUGUCUUUCAAGCAUCCUCAUGUUGCCAACCCGCGGCUUCAGAUGGCCUCUCCAGAAGAGAAGUGUCAACAAGUCUUGGAGCCCCCUUAUGACGAAAUGUUUGCAGCUCACUUAAGGUGCACGUAUGCGGUGGGGAACCAUGACUUCGUUGAGGCGUACAAGUGCCAGACUGUCAUCGUGCAGUCAUUCCUGCGAGCAUUUCAGGCCCACAAAGAAGAAAACUGGGCUCUGCCUGUGAUGUACGCAGUGGCUCUGGACCUUCGAAUAUUUGCCAAUAAUGCAGACCAGCAGCUGGUGAAGAAGGGGAAGAGCAAGGUGGGGGACAUGCUGGAGAAAGCGGCCGAGCUGCUGAUGGGCUGCUUCCGCGUCUGCGCCAGCGACACUCGCGCUGGUAUAGAGGAUUCCAAGAAGUGGGGAAUGCUGUUUCUGGUGAAUCAGUUAUUCAAGAUUUAUUUUAAGAUCAACAAGCUGCAUCUGUGUAAACCGCUCAUCAGAGCCAUCGACAGCUCAAACCUGAAGGAUGAUUACAGCACGGCCCAGAGGGUGACCUACAGGUACUACGUGGGGCGCAAGGCCAUGUUCGACAGCGACUUCAAGCAAGCUGAGGAGUACCUGUCCUUUGCUUUUGAGCACUGCCAUCGUUCCAGCCAGAAGAACAAGAGAAUGGUCCUCAUUUACCUGCUUCCUGUGAAGAUGCUCCUGGGCCACAUGCCGACCAUCGAGCUUCUGAAGAAGUACCAUCUCAUGCAGUUUGCGGAGGUGACCCGAGCUGUGAGUGAAGGCAAUCUCCUCCUCCUGAACGAGGCCCUGGCCGCGCAUGAGACCUUCUUCAUCCGCUGCGGCAUCUUCCUCAUCCUCGAGAAGCUGAAGAUCAUCACGUACCGGAACCUCUUUAAGAAAGUGUACUUGCUGCUCAAGACCCACCAGCUGUCCCUGGACGCAUUCCUGGUGGCCUUGAAGUUCAUGCAGGUGGAGGGCGUGGACAUCGCCGAGGUCCAGUGCAUCCUGGCCAACCUUAUCUACAUGGGUCACAUCAAAGGCUACAUCUCACACCAGCACCAGAAGCUGGUUGUCAGCAAGCAGAACCCUUUUCCCCCGCUGUCCACGGUGUGCUGACAGCCCAGCCUGAGGACGAGGGCAGGCUGAUCCUGGUCCUCCUCCCGCCCGGAGCACGUGCUCUGCAGCGGAGCCUCUCAGGUCUCAUCCCAGGAAUGACGUCGCCGGCAUCUCGGCUGAUGAGCGUCCCCGUCACAAAGGCC